UCAAGAUGUCAGCGCCCAGGGCUUCAUUUUCCGAUGGGUUGCAGCUGCUUGUGGGAGAAAAUGAAAGCAUUGGUCAGAUCUACAAGUCACUUCGUGAGUGGGGCUGCUGCCCUAUGUGUUCAUUGAAGUAUCUUGGAGAAAAGCAACAAGAAAAGUUCACAUUUUCACAGAAGGAGAUCCAUGCAUAUUUUUCAAGUCUAUGUCCAGCCCCAGUGCCAGCAUUUGUUGAGGACACUUGCUGCACUUGUCUUGGCAUAUUGCAAAAACUCACCACAAAAGAGUUUUUGAUGGAGAUUGACAAAAAGGUUAAAGAGGGAAAUAAUGUAUACACAGAUUUCAGAAUUGCGAUCAGCCUUCCUGUUGCUGCUAUUGUACGAGAGCAUGCAAUUUUGGUACUCUUGAUUGAAAACUUUCCGCUCACCUACAAGGUGCAGAAGGAAGAUGACUUUGUGGCGAUAAAGGAUGCUUGGAGAUGGGUUUGUCUCGAUCAGCUGAGUGCAAUACUGAAGAUUCCAUGUGAUGCAAAGAGUCCCUUUGACAUCACACUGAACUUUGAACAUGAGGGUACCAAGAAGGAGUGCGAUUUCCUCAAGUUUAUGUGUCCACAUAUAUUCCAGGAAAGAAAGAACAACCGCUUUGGAUGGGAAAUGUUCACCAGGAUGAACGUCCGCAGAGCUGUAGCCACAGUCAAAUAUGCGUCGUUCAAACAUUACUCCCAGUGCCCACCAAAAAAGCUCCAAGGCCCAGCUACAUGCGUCGAGAUCGUUUGUUCACAUGAACCUAUUUAUAUUUGUGGCCGGUAUAACAAAUACAGUCGUGAGUUGAGCCAGACUCCUUGGAUCAUUGACGGAGUCAGAAAAACAGAGUUUUCAGUUCAAGAAAGGAUCUGCGGGGCAUUGGAGGAAGCAAUACAAUGCAGUGACCACCGAUUCUCAUCAGCGGGCCGGGAAGAUGUUGAUGUCAGAAUGCUUGGUACUGGGCGUCCUUUCAUGGUGGAGUUCAUUAAACCGAAAAUAGUCACAUUCUCUCAAGCUGAAAUCACCAAACUUCAGAACCAGAUUAAUGCGAAUGCAAAGGACGUCAGAGUGACUGAUUUGCAGAUGUGCACAAAGGAAGACUCCGGCACUUGGAUAAAGUCUGGCGAAAUGACCACUUGUAAAUCAUAUACUGCACUUUGUUGGAUGAAGGAAGUCGUGAAGCAAUCUGAUCUUGACAAACUGAAGGAAAUCAAGGAUCUCACACUUGACCAGAAAACACCAAUCCGAGUUCUCCACAGACGUCCCCUGGCUGUGAGAGAGAAAAUGAUUCACGGCAUCUCUGCUACACGCGUGGAUGACCAUCUCUUCACAAUGCUGAUCAGGACGGGAGCUGGAACAUACAUCAAAGAGUUUGUCCAUGGAGACUUUGCCAGAACUAAACCAAGUCUGAGAACGAUUCUCGACUCUGAAUGUGACAUACUUGAACUUGAUGUUGUGGAGAUUGAGCUUGACUGGCCACCAAAAAUUGAUGCUUAAAGGAGGACACUGUCAAUAUCAAGGAACAAGACAUUCUUUUCCUACACUUCAUGAAGUUCCUUUGAAGAUUGCCCCAUUGGAAACACUAUUCAUCGACUGGAGCAGGCUAUCUCCAAAUGUCAGGGAGGAUGUGUACACAAAAGCAGAAUAAACUAUCACUCUACCCUAACGUACAUGUACUGCAAGGCCCUGGGCCUAAUCAAUGUCAAUGGUUUCAAUUGACACUAUAGUAUUUGGCGUAAUAGAUGUCUUUGCAGUUGGCAUCAACACGAAAUUCAGGUUUAUUCAUAUGGAAGUAAAAAAAACGUUGUCAAUCAGAUACAUACAUGUAUCUAGCUGCUUUACUGCUACAUAGUGUCUGGUUUAAAAUAAGAGUUUAGUUGUCUUAAUGUAUUACUGCAUCCGACAUGUCAGAACCGACAGCAAUGUACAUCUCUUGAACAGUAAAUGAGUAAAAUCA